GCCCAUCUUGCACCGCAGAGCCUUGCGUGGGGCGUGGUACAGCGCGACAACGAAUCAGCGUCGCUGAUUCUCUACCGUAAUGUGAAAAGCAUGUUAGGUUGCGCAAUAUAUAAUCCUCUGCUCAGCUUCUUGUCGGGAGGGGAAAGAGGGAGUCAGGAAGAUGGCGGCGGUGCUUAGUGAGGGUGGCAGGUACGGACUGUCCUGUGGAAGGGGGACCCAGGACCAGGUUACCGUACUGCACGUCAAACUCACUGAGACCGCCUUCCGCGCACUAGAGAGCUACCAGAACACUAAGAAUUCUUUAUCCUCCCGACCAUCCAUUCAGUUUCAAGGACUCCAAGGAUGUAUCAAGAUUCCAAAGCCAGAUUGCCUUGGUGAUGUGCACAACUUUAAUUUCUAUCGGUCAAAUGUUGGCAAAGACAACCCUCAGGGCAGUUUUGACUGCAUCCAGCAAACUGUCUCCAGUUCGGGGUUGUCCAAAUUGAACUGCCUAGGAUGCAUACAAGAUAAAAUAACAGUAUGUGCCACAAAUGACUCCUACCAGCUGACAAGAGAUCGCAUGACCCAGGCAGAAGAAGAAACACGGAGCCGUAGUACUAAAGUCAUAAAACCAGGGGGACCAUUUGUAGGUAAGAGAGUCCAGAUUCGCAAACCAGCAAAUAAUAUUCUAGAUACAGCACCAGAACGAAAGAGAUCAACCCCCAUUAACCCUGCAAGCACUAUAAGAAAAUCCAAUCAAAGCAGCAUAAUUGCACAGCGGCCCUAUAGAGAGAGGGUGAUUCAUCUGCUGGCACUGAAGCCUUAUAAAAAACCAGAGAUACUGGCUCGAUUACAUAAAGAUGGAGUUAAUCAAAAAGACAAGAACUCUCUUGGAGUUAUUCUGCAACAGGUUGCCAAUUUGAAUCCCAAGGACAAUUCCUAUACUCUAAAGGAUUUUGUGUUCAAAGAAAUACAGCGAGAUUGGCCUGGGUAUCUGGAAGUAGAUAAACAUUUAUUAGAUCAAGUGCUCUCUAGAAAAUUUAACCAGUCUCAAAGUAAUUCCACCAGCACCAGUCAACCAGAUUCACCUCCAGUGGCAACAUCAUCAUCUCCCUCCCAGAAACGACCCCUGGAUACAGAAUUUAUUGACCCUUUGAUGAAUAAAAAGCCACGGAUCUCUCAUCUUACAAACCGAGUUCAACCAACAACGAAUGGUCAUCUGAGUUCGGCCAAUGAAAAAUCCGCACACCCUCCUCCACCUGCAGCUGCCGCACCAUCCCUUCUACCACUUCCUACUGCACGCCUUCCAGUUUCUAACCCACAGAAUAUAAACUCUAACUCCAACUCUCCAAGUACUCCAGAGGGGCGGGGUACUCAGGAUUUGCCAGUGGACAGCUUUAGUCAGAACAGUGGCACCUAUGAGGACCAGCAAGAAAAAUAUACCUCUAGGACUACUCUGGAAAAUUCAGUAGCCACUCAGAUAAAAUUGAGUGUUUCAGAACCAACAGACGAUAAAAGUAGCACAUUGCACAAAAAGACUAAGAAAGCCAAAAAACAUAAGGACAAAGAGCGUAAAAAACAGGACUCUGAAUCUGCAGAGGAAACCAAAGCGGUGCACCUUAAAAAAGAACAAAUUGUGAAAAUAGAAGAAAGGUCGUCCUCUGAGAGGAAAAAAGGAUUGAAAGACACUUGCACUGCAUCAGAUCCAUCAUCAACUACAGAAUUACCAGAUUACAUGGUCAAAUACACUGUCAUCGUGUCUAGUGAGCAAAGACAGAGUUACAAAGAUGACUUCAAUUCAGAAUAUGAUGAAUAUAGAAGCUUGCAUGCCAGAGUUGAAAAUGUGACUAGGAAAUUUAUGCAACUCGACACACAAAGGAAGAGUCUGUCUCCUGGUUCUAAAGAAUAUAAGACAGUACAUGAAGAAGUCCUUCAGGAAUAUCGAAAGAUAAAAGAGAUGAGCCCUAACUAUUCUGAAGAGAAGUACAGAUGUGAAUAUCUGCACAGCAAGCUCGCUCACAUUAAAAGACUCAUAGGAGAGUUUGACCAACAACGGGCUGAGUCUUGGCACUAAAGCUCGGCUUAAUCAAGAUGUGAAUAAAUAACAUUAUUUAUUGAAAUUCCAAAUGUGUUACGCUAGAAUUAAGAAACUUUUCAGAAGUUUCAGUAUUAGUAGACUUUUUUUUUUUUUCUUUCCAGUUCCCCUGCUUAUUUAAAAGCUGCUUUUUCAUCCUUCUUGUUCUUUGGACUUGCAUUUAUCUGUGGCUACCAAUGUAGCUACUGACUUUUGCAGUGCCUACCAUUGAUGAUAAACUGCUCAUUUGAAAUAAUGCAGCGAAUAAUGUGCUUUUUGGAUAAAAAGCUCUUAAAGGAGAACUAAAGCCUGACUACAGAAGUAGGCUAGAAAUGUUAUACGUUGUGUGUUUUGGGCUUCUCUACCAGUCAAAGGCAACCACAGCCCUUUAGCAGGGAAGAUCUAUGCCUCCAAAGAUGAUCCAGUAGCUCCCCAUCUUCUUUUCUGCUGCUUCAAUGCACUUGCCCUGUGCUGUUGUCGCUUAACUGAGCUUAGGGACCAAUGCACAAUAUACAGUACACAUAGAAGAUAAAUGUCACAACAUAAGGCUGAUUAAUAAUUAAUACAAAUAAUUACUACAUGGCAGCACAGAAACCAGUGCAACUAGCAUCAGACUUCAAUAAUCAGCCCUGUAGCAUCAGCUUAUAUUACAGACCAACCUCAUUUUCUGCCUGAUAAUUUGCUACAACCCCUAAGCUUUGCUUCUCAACAGCUGCUCAGAGCCCACUGAGCAUGUGAGUGUCGCAGAAACUUACCAAGAUGGUGACCCCCUGUGACAAGUUUGAAGUCCUGGAUCAUUGCUGCUAUUGAGAAGCUGAAACUUCAGGCUGGUGCAAUAAGUUCAGUAUAUAAAAUGUGGCAUUUUUAGCCAGUCAUCUUUAGGGUUUAGUUCUCCUUUAAUGCAAAUCUUUUGCCCAGGAACGGUAGAAGGUUUAACAAAUAAAUUUGCACAAAAUGUAUCUAAAAAACGAAAAAAAAAGGGAUUGGAAUGUUCAGGUACAGAGUGUACAGAUUACCUAAAUACCAUCCGCCUUUACCUUGAACUUUGCAGAUUGUACCCCCCCUCCUCCACUGCAAUGGAUGCCUUAAGGUGUUUGCUUGUCUUUACUCAGGUAGCAAAAUGGCUACUCUGCUUCCCCUAUUUCUUAACCAAUGGGAAGCACACUAUGGCCUAUCAGUGUCUGAGUGUGUGCUUGGAUGCGUGCCUGGGUGGAGUGGGUGUGAGCAUAACAUGACAAAAUCACUGCUGCUAUUUAAUAGGCCUAACGCUCAGGUUCAACAGCUGGCAAGUGUUAUUGUAGUUUUUUUUUUUUUUUUCCUAUGAAUUUACUACUUUUGGGGAAAAACUGAAGCAUUUCCAUUUCAAAAGUGUCAGCAAUGUUGGGAGACUGAGGGAACUGACACUUUGAUAAUCCUCCUCAUUUCCAAGGGGGAUGCUACUCGUGAAGGUGUUUAACCAAUAGAAUUUUUCGGACAAAAUAAGGUAAGAAUUGUAACCAUACAGGUGACCUAUUUAUAUACUGAUAUAGAGUAUUUUUUUGAAAAAAUAAGAUAUGCAAAGAAGCUAUUUACCUACAUGUAUAUUUAAUUUUCUUUUCCUCCUGGGAGCCAGGGGCUAGACUAAAUUACAAAUCUAUUUAACGUUACAAAUACUGUGAUCAUUCGAGAGCACAAACUUGCAUAUCAUGCAAUGUAACCGUUUACAUUGGAACUUAUUUUAUUUUUCUUUCCAUGUGGGAACAGAUGUAUAUGAUUCAUUAUCUUGACAUUCUUGAAAAUCGGAUAUUUUUGUCCUUCAGUAAGCAAUGCCAAUGAAAAAGGGAAGCAUUAUGUUUACAGAUGUGAUUAUUGGAAUGUUUGCCAAAAUAUUUGGUAUCUCUAAUAAACUUUGCCUCCAGCAUUGAAA